AAGAAGUGUAAACAAGAAGAAAUUUUGCCUACGAGAAUGCAAUGCACAGAUACGCUAUCCAUAUCCAAUAUUCGCUUGCCGCUGAUCAGAGCCUCCGUUAUAGAUACCAAACCAUCGCAUUAUCAACUCAAACCCCGAGCUCAAUCUUGUAGUUGUACCUCAAAUUCUCAUGUUAAUUCUGCUAUUUUCGAUGGAGAUAAUUCUAAGGUGUUACAGAAUACUAUUGCUUUACCUCAUCAUGUGACGGCCAUCUCAAGCACUUCAAACCCAUUUGUGAAGCACUGCCUUAAACUUCGUAGUAGCUCCUCUUAUCGCCACUCUCAUGGCUUAGUUCUCGUCGUUGGCACUACUCCCAUCAGGGAAAUAUGUAAAUUUCAAGAAACAAUGGCUGAGACACCUAUCAAAAUAGAAUGCUUGCUUGUACUUGAUGAUACCCAAAUCCCUGAAGAGCUAGAUAUUCGUUCUGCUCGUGUUGUCCAUGUCAGCUCAAUAGUGAUGAAAAAACUUUCAGGCGUACAAUCAAUUGAUUCUAUUCAAAUGAUUGCUCUAUUCAGGAUUCCCUCAACUUUUCAUAGUGUUGGUGAUGACUUUAGAGAGGAUGAUUGUAGUAGAUGGUUCCCAUCUGCGAAUCGAAUUCUAGUUCUUGAUGGUAUUCAGGAUCCAGGUAACCUUGGCACGCUGCUUAGAUCAGCAUUGGCAUUUAGAUGGAAUGGUGCGUUUUUACUUCCUGGCUGCUGUGACCCAUUCAACGAGAAAGCACUCCGAGCUAGCCGAGGAGCUUGCUUUCAGCUUCCGUUAGUUUCUGGUGGCUGGACGCAAUUGCAAACACUUGGAGAAAGUUUCAAGAUGAAGAUGUUAGCUGGCCAUCCUGCAAACGAUGGAAGGUUGAAGCCGGUGAGUCGGCUUUGUCAAGGGUUUGCCGAUUCUUUAGCAGAUCAGCCAUUGUGCCUGGUUUUGGGUAGUGAAGGAGGGGGGCUCUCAGAGAAAUCCAGGGAAGUAUGUGAGCUUGUUAGUAUUCCAAUGGCAGGAGAAUUCGAGUCUCUUAAUGUUUCGGUUGCAGGUGGAAUAUUGUUGUACAUGUUACAACCUGAGAAUCAUAUAUUCUAGAAUUUUAAGUGAAGAAGCCAAUGCGUGUACUGUUUAACUAUAAUUGGAACAUAGUAAUAUAUCUAGUAUGUUUAUUAUAUUGCAUGUUCAUUUCUAUUAAA